UAUUUGAAUGCAACUAAUUACAUGUGUUUAUGUAACCCUGCCCUGCGAACCCAAUUCCAUCAUUCCAUCUGAUCGUUGCAGAACACAUUCAACUUUCACUUCGGCUGCGUCUCUAUCGGUUACUUGGCUUAAUGCUUUUUGUUUUGAUCAAGUUGUUUAACCCACAAAAACGUAUGGUGUAAACUUCUUCGUUUCGUCUUCUUCAGCAAUAAGCCACAAUUUACGUACACUCACGCAGUUCAAAGAUCCAAUCAACAUGGCCACUAUACGAAAUCGCCAAAGCUCAACAACAACAAGCAUUUCUGAUCAAAAAUCCAGUGACAACACUAACAAGAAUAUCAAGGAUGUGGCAUUAAAAGAGAAAAGUGAUCCUAUGAUAUAUAUAAUAUUCAUGUCGCUGCUCUUAGAUCUGUUGGCAUUCACAAUUAUAUUACCUUUGCUGCCAUCUUUGCUCGAAUAUUAUCGAGUCAACGAUAGUUCCGGUUUGUAUGCAUCGCUUACAACUCGAGUCCGCUGGUUCCAGCAGCUCCUUGGUGCCCCGGAUCGUUAUCUCUCGGUACUCUUUGGCGGUUUCCUUGGAUCGAUGUUUAGCUUUUUGCAAUUCUUUGCAAGUCCUAUUGUUGGCAGCCUCUCGGAUUACUAUGGCCGCAAACCCGUCUUGUUGAUGUGCGCCUCGGGCAUUUCACUAUCCUAUCUGAUAUGGGCCUGCUCCAGUAACUUUGCCCUUUUUGUGUUGGCGCGCAUUGUGGGUGGCAUUAGCAAGGGCAACAUUUCGCUUAGCAUGAGUGUCAUCACGGAUGUGUCCAAUGUGCAGACACGAGGUCGUGGCAUGGCCUUGGUGGGUGUGGCGUUCUCCAUCGGCUUCAUUGUGGGUCCCAUGAUUGGUGCUAUGUUUGCCAUAUUCGCAAAUAAAACGGCAAGCGGCGGUGCCUGGUUUGUUUUGCCGUCGCUGCUGGCUCUAGGACUGGCAGUGGGCGAUGUGCUGCUCCUUGUCUUCUGUUUGCGUGAGACACUGCCCCAGGAAAAACGUGCUCGAGAAAUCUCAUCGGCUUUGUCAUACGGGUUGCAAUUGCUAAAUGUCUCAUCCAUAUUCAGAUUUUCGGCCAUUAAGAAUGUUCCCAAGAAAGAUGUGCAAGCACUCCGCACAAUUGGAUUCAUUUACUUUUUGUAUUUAUUUCUCUAUUCCGGAUUGGAGUUCACAGUCACAUUUUUAAUGUACCACAAGUUUGGCUAUACUUCAAUGGAUCAGGCCAAAAUGUUUUUGACGACGGGUCUGGUGAUGACCAUGCUGCAAGGUUCGGUUGUACGUCGUCUACCUGAAGACAAAAUCAGAAUGUAUGCCAUCUACAGUCUGUAUUUAAUUGUACCAGCAUUUAUAACGGUUGGUCUUGCUGAGGAUAGCAGGAUGCUUUAUGCCGGCAUGAUUUUAUUUGCCAUCUCAACCGCCUUUGCCGUCACUUGUUUAACCACUCUGGUGUCCAAGUAUGGCAACGAUGACCAGAAAGGUUCAGUAUUAGGCAUAUUCCGAUCUUUAGGUGCAUUAGCCCGAGCUCUCGGUCCAGUGGUUGGAUCUAUAGCCUUUUGGUGCGUUGGUUCAAAAAUCACAUACUUGUCUGGAGGACUUUUGCUUCUAUAUCCGGCACUAGCAUUGCAGCGAGCGCGUAUUUAAAGCGGAUUUUCUCUGCUCUAAGCACAUGAAGAACAAAAUUUAAUAUUGAGAACAAUAAGCAACCGCUAGUAUUAAUUGCAAUAUUACUUAUUUUUUAUACAAUGUGCAAUAUUUUUAUU